CGUAAUUUCUCUUCAACUGAAGAAACACAAAUCCAUGUGGAAGACAUUUCAUCUUCAUCAGAAGCCUCAUUUUGUGAAUCUUUAGGAGCUGAUCAUUCUAAACUAGGCUAUAAUGAAAAAAUUACAUCAUUACUUGGAAUUACAAAGCCUACUCUUCGUAUGGAUAGUAUGUGUAGAUAUUGCGCUGUUGCCAGAGGUGAUGUUAAUAUUUAUCUAAGAUUGCCUUAUGAUGUUAAUUACGAAGAGAAAAUCUGGGAUCAUGCACCUGGAUCUCUUCUUGUUACAGAAGCAGGUGGUACUGUUACCAAUAUAGACAACGAACCUUUGGAUUUUUCUUUGGGAAGAACUUUGGGAAAA